CUAUCUGACGCCGUCCUCACUCUCUCUCUCUCUCCUCUCCAAAUCUCUCCCCCUCUCUUUUUUUCCUCCCCUCUGCAGAAAACAUGCUGGGAGGCGAGGAGGAGGAGGAGAAAGCAAGAAGCGAGGCGACAGGAGAAGAAGCGAGAGGAAGCGGAGAAAGUUGAAGAGAGGAGAGGAGAGCAGAUGGGAGGAAGGAAGGAAGGGAUCAUACAGGAUUGUGCGAGAAUAAACCAGCGCGGCGAGUUGUUAUUAUAAUUACAAUAAAAAAAGUGGGUGAAUCAGACGCGCGCCUCCGCGGUGCGUGGACGCGGACAAGACAAGACAGCGGCGCUGCUGGAGCGGCUCUGUGGAUUUUUGUUGACUCCUCAUGUUCUCCAAACUCUCUCAGUGAGCUUUUGUAACUUUUAAAGACAGCUGCUUCCCCUCUCUUUUCCCCUUGUAUUUAACUUCCCGAUUCCUGGAAAAGAAGAGAAGGAAAAAGCUGCGGGGGUGGAAGCAGGAGGAAGCGUUUUGUUCCCUUCCGAGGAGUCCAGCUCGCCGUAGCCGGGUUUAGGCGUUGGCACCCGGGCAGGGAGUCCCUCGUCAUGGCCGGGGCCAAGCCGGGAGUCCACGCGUUGCAGCUGAAGCCAGUGUCCGUCCACGAAGCGCUCAAGAAGGGGGGCAAAUUCAUCAAAUGGGACGAGGAGCCCAACAGCGGGCCCCCCACGCUGGUAACCCUGAAAGUUGACCCAGAUGGAUUCUUCCUCUACUGGACUGGAGGGUCCAACCUGGAGGUUGAGACUCUGGACAUCAGCACCAUCAGGGACACCAGAACAGGAAAGUACGCCAAGCAGCCAAAGGAGCCGAAGGUGCGGGAGGUGCUCGGCUUCGGGAAGGAGAACGUAGAAGGGAAGCUGGUAACCGUCGUCCAUGGCAACGACCUGGCCAACAUCUCCUUCCUUAACUUCCAGGCCAUGCAGGAGGACACGGCGAAGAUUUGGACAGAUGAGCUGUUCACUUUGGCCACAAACAUACUUUCCCAAAAUGCAACACGGAACACCUUCCUUCUCAAAGCGUACACUAAGUUAAAGCUUCAAGUGAAUCAGGAUGGGAAGAUUCCAGUGAAGAACAUUCUCAAGAUGUUUUCUGAUAAGAAGAGAGUGGAGACGGCUCUGGAGCACUGUGGCCUCGUCAAUAACAGGUCAGAGGGAAUAAAACCUGAUGAUUUCACAUACGAGGCUUUUCAGAAGUUCCUCGACAGCUUAUGUCUCCGAACUGAAAUUCAAAGCAUCUUUGAAGAAAGUGGUUCCAAGAGGAAGCCUUUCAUCUCCUUGGACCAGCUAAUGGACUUCAUCAACCGCAGGCAGCGCGACUCCAGGCUGAACGAGGUUCUGUAUCCGCCGCUGAAAAGAGAACAAGUCCGACAGAUCAUGGAGAAGUACGAGACCAACACAAGCCAACUGGAGAGGGACCAGAUCAGUUUGCAGGCUUUUAGUCGGUAUCUGGGAGGAGAAGAAAACAGCAUCGUACCUCCAGAGAGGCUGGACAUCAUCGAUGACAUGAACCAGCCGUUGUCUCACUACUUCAUCAACUCCUCACACAACACGUACCUCACAGUGGGUCAGCUGACUGGUCCGUCGUCAGUGGAGAUGUACAGGCAGGUGCUGCUGACCGGCUGUCGCUGCAUCGAGCUGGACUGCUGGAAGGGUCGACCACAAGACGAGGAACCCUACAUCACCCACGGGUUCACCAUGACCACUGAGAUCCCCUUCAAGGAGGUCAUUGAAGCGAUAGCAGAGAGUGCUUUCAAGACCUCACCGUAUCCCGUCAUCCUCUCCUUUGAAAACCACGUAGAUUCAGCCAAGCAGCAGGCCAAGAUGGCAGAGUACUGCAGGACGAUCUUUGGAGACGCUCUGCUCAUCGAGCCACUGGAGAAAUAUCCGCUGGUCCCAGGUCAGGCGCUCCCCUCACCGCAGGAGAUGCUGGGGAAGAUUCUUAUUAAAAACAAGAAGAAGCAUCACCACCACCGACCCUCCGAAGGUGGCGGCAGCAUACGACGCAAAGAGCUCGGCGAGCAGUCGUCACCCAACAACGACUGCCCUUUGACUGACAACGAGGGAAACCAGCUGUCCAAUGGUGAGGAAAAGCUGGCUGAGCGGAUGAUCAAAGACUUGGAGCCUCGCAAAUCUAUUGGAGGCGAAGGAGAAAGCGAGGAGGACGAAGAGGAUGAACCCGUGACGGAGCUGAAAAAGCCAAACUCUGACGAGGGUACCGCCAGCAGUGAGGUGAACGCCACAGAGGAGAUGUCGACUCUCGUCAACUACAUCGAACCUGUCAAAUUCAAGAGCUUCGAGGUGGCAAAUAAGAGGAGGAAGUUCUUUGAAAUGUCGUCGUUCGUGGAAACUAAAGGCAUGGACACCUUAAAGAGCUCUCCUAUCGAGUUUGUUGAAUACAAUAAAAACCAGCUGAGUCGAAUCUACCCCAAAGGAACAAGGGUGGACAGCUCCAACUACAUGCCUCAGCUCUUCUGGAACGUCGGUUGCCAGAUGGUGGCGCUAAACUUCCAGACUCUUGAUCUUCCAAUGCAGCUGAACAUGGGAGUAUUCGAGUAUAACGGCGGCAGUGGCUACCUGCUGAAACCAGAGUUCAUGAGGAGGACGGACAAACACUUUGACCCUUUUACAGAAAACAUAGUAGACGGGAUAGUCGCCAAUACAGUCAAAGUUAAGGUGAUUUCAGGCCAGUUCCUGACAGAUAAGAAGGUGGGUGUGUUCGUGGAAGUGGACAUGUUUGGACUUCCCGCUGACACAAAGAGGAAGUUCAGAACCAAACCAUCCAAUGGGAACUCGCUGGACCCCGUGUGGGAUGAUGAAAUGUUCGUCUUCAACAAGGUGGUCCUCCCUACACUGGCCUCUCUGAGGAUAGCGGUGUUUGAGGAAAACGGCAAGUUUAUUGGACACAGAAUUCUCCCCGUGUCGGCCAUUCGACCUGGCUACCACUACAUCAACCUGAAGAAUGAGCUCAACCAGCCACUACUGCUGUCCUCCCUCCUGGUUUGCACAGAGGCUCAGGACUACAUCCCUAAUGAACACCAGGAGUAUGCAGAGGCCCUGACCAACCCCAUUAAGCACAUCAGUGAGCUGCACAAGAGAGAGACACAGCUGGCUGUUCUCCUAGAGGACAACAAUGAGCAUUUCCCCUUCCAGCCCAAAGAGGGAGAGAUUAAGAGAGAGAGUGACGUCAUCCAAGGAAGUGGACUCUCCUCCCCUUCACACUUUCAGCCCCCCUACCUACUGGAUGAACCCCCCGACAUCAACAAGUUACCCGCACCAGCACAACCUCAGAGGGAGGACCUCAUAGCCACAGUUAUGGCAGAUGUCCAGGUCCAAUCAGUGGAGGAGCUGAAGCAGCAGAAAGGUUACAUGAAGCUGUUAAAGAAACAGAGCAAAGAACUCAAAGAGCUGCGUAAGAAACACCUGAAGAAGGUGUGGAAUCUGAGUAAGGAGCAGAAGAGCCGGAGCAGCCAGCUUCAGUCAGACACCCAGAGGAGACGCAGUCAGAUGGAGAAACACCUCAAACGUAGCAUCAGGAAAAAUGAACCCUAUGAGCCGGUGCAGCGCGAGUUGAAAGAACUGGAUCAGGAGCUGGAGAAGCAGACGGUCCAGCUGCGGGAAUGGCAGAUGCAGGAACUCCUAAAACUUCGACAGGAGCUUCACUCGACAGAAAGAGAGCGGCAACAAGCACACCUGCAAGAGGCCUUCCAGAAGUUAAAGGAGACGGCUCAUGAAUGCCAAACAGCUCAGAUGAAGAAGCUCAGGGAGACAUGUGAGAAGGAGAAGAAAGACCUCCAGAAGAUUCUGGACAGAAAACGACAAAACAGCAUCAGUGAAGCCAAGACCCGCGACAAAGACAAGGCUGAAACGGAGCUGAAUGAAAUCAACAGGAAACAUAUUCAGGACUCUGUCAGCUCAAUCCGUGGGCUGGAGGAGGCGCAGACCAGGAGACAGGACAAGCUGGUGCUGAGGCAGCGGGAGGUGCUGCAACACAUUGAUGAGGAGCUUCCACUGCUUCAGUCUCAGCUGGACAGGGCCCUGAAGGACGAGUAUCAGCGACUACCUGAGGAAAUCUGCCAGCACCUUCAGCUGGAGCUCCAAAACAAAGGUCUCCGAAAGGACGCCCUCUACUCUGCCGUGUCCAACCACAGCAGCCCCAGCUCGGGUUCGGGUCCGCCCUCCAACUGCUCCACGCCCUCCUACCCGUCGACGCCCAAUCGGAGCACCUGGAACAGGAGCAUGGACAAUAGCAUCGCCUCACUGGCCGAUUCCACUUCCUCGUCCACCACUCCCGUCCUAUCAGAGGCAGAGAUGUCAUUCAGCUAAAAUUAUUAUUAUUACUUGUACAAAGAAAGAUAAAUACAUUCAACAGGGGUCUAUAGUGAUUAGAAUGUGGGAUAGUAAUGAUAUAGAUUAUUUACUAAUUUUAUUCCCUUUUUUAUUACAGACUGUAUUGUCUACAGAGCUAUAUUAUUUUUUAUUUUGCUGUUUUUGUCAGAUGAUGAUAUUUCAUAUGAAUCAUUACUUUUUUCUGUUUUCUUUUUACAUUUUCCUCUCUGUCAUACAUUUAAUGUCAAACCGAUCCUUUUUCUUUGCAUCAUUUCCAUUUUUUCACGGACAGUGCUCUGAUUUUGCCACAAUCUGAAACUAUUUGACCUCUAUUUGACAUUUUUAAGAAUUUUUUUUAACUGCAUGGAGAGAGGAUCAGGUUAGAAAACAGUAGCCCCCAAGCAUUUGACAAAAAAUGGUAGGUAGGAAAAAGUUAUUCUCUCCUCAAAAUUUGACUAUUUUGUGUAACAACAUUUGACCAAUGACAUUUCUUUGUAAAGGCUUUAUGUCCUUCAGGAACAGCUUAAAACGCAACCAAAGGAGAUGUCUGAAUGCUACAAUUAAGUCCCAAAAACUGCAAAUUUUUUUUCCACUUUUGUAAGCAAAAAAAAAUCAAGAAGAACAUGAAGAAAAAAAAAGGGUGAAUUUUUAUCUAGAUUUUGAAGGUUUUAUCUGUAAUAGCAGGAGCUGACCAGCAAGUGGUGCUGCAGCCCCAACUGUUGCUUUAGUUUUAAUUGGUGGUUUGAGCUUCCUGUUCUUCUUGUCUGAUAAUCCUGUUAUACUGCACCCCAACACACACCUGGGCCAUCAGGAUUUGCAGCGUCAUUUGCCGGAACAAAGUCUCCGGCCUUUAACCUCCAAUCAAAUCGCAGCCAAGGUUGCGUCGGGGACGGUCAGCAGACAUCCAUCUGGCCAGAAAUUAUGCACAUCAGUGUGUUGGUCUUGGAGUAAAGGAGGGUUUAGCUGACGUACCGCUCUCACUUUCUAAAUCGUUUGAAAGCAAACAUCUCUCUGAACACACACAGGAGGUGCGUUUUAUUGGCUCAGAGGGCCAAAGUCUCUAAAAUCCUCAUCCCAUCCAAUCUAGAAAAGCAGAACACACACACAUCAGAGGCAGAAACCUCAGUAACUUUACAAAUAUCAGAGAUUACCGACCUCCAAGAGGGUAUUUGGCCAGAAGUUAAUCUCUUGGCGAGGCAUCUGCUUUUAGGGACAGUAAUACUUCCUACUGCAUUUAAAGCCUUUUUGGCAUCCUAGAAAAGGACAUCAGAUGCUAAAUUAGCAGCACCACUGCAGUAGAUGGUCCUCCGUUUGAUGACUUCAAGCUGCACUAGGACAUGUUAAUGUAAAAUUCUCAGUCAAAACGCUCAAGAGCACGCCUUUCACUUGUAAUCGAGACCAUUUCUUGGUUUUGCUUUAAUUACUUUCUGCUGCUUUAACUUCAUUAAAGCCUCAAAAUUCAAGUUUUGUAAAUGGACAAAGAAAUAGUUUAUGUAAAUGUUCUUCUUGGUUGAAUGUGCCCUUUAAAAUCCCCCCCAGAGUCCUGUCAGCGUGUUUGAGCCAAAUGUUGAAUUGUACACAAACUGAACGGUACUUUUGUCUCUACCAAAGCAUCCUGUCUUGCUGUAUUUAUUUGCUUUUUUCCCCGCAUUUCUGUCCUUUUUUCUUUCUGGUUUUGUCCACUUCGAGGGGUAAAUUAUGGUACUGUGUAUAUGUAUUGUGUGUAGAUGUGUAGUUGUACAUGAAUUUUACUACUGACCACAAGUGCUGGUGAGAGAUGGAGGUCAGAGAGGGCUGGGAGGACGAAUCAAGAGAGUUUAAUUUUACAGAAAAGAUUCGUAAGGUUUGUCCUCUCCCACCUUCCUCCUUCGAUGAGCACUGGCUGCCUGUCUGUCUGAUCACCCCCCUCACAAACACACGUUUAUCGAAACUGUCAUCUAUUUAAAUGGAGUUUUAACAACUUUUUUUCUUUUAUGGUUAUUUAAGAUUUUAAUUGAUGAAAGAACGUGUCCGUUCAGGCUGCUGAGAAAUGGUGGAGAUUCAGUUUCUGCAUGUUUUUUAAAUCAUCAGCGAGCUCUGCUUUGUCCUCCAACAGGGUAUUUUUAAAGCCAGUAACCAUUUAAAUCAGUUGGUUUAACUUACAGGUUAUUAGUAGGGCAGCCACAACAACAUACACCCGCCGGGGUCGGUGUUUGUUGAGAUGAAACACCAACCUGUUGGUCAUUUUACAGCAGAAGACUGCCAGCCUGUCCACCCCGAGUAUGUCAAUGUUUUUGCUCAGCUUUCUCAUUUUGGACACUAAAUCUAUACAGUGUGUUAAAGACUCCGAUUAUUCACUUUUCAGUGGACUCAGAGGUGAAACUGCCAACAGUCUUCUCGAAUCAGAAGGUUUAUUUGCCAAAAAUGUCGAUACAUUCCUCACUCUGUCUCUUAGGGUCGGGUUGGUACAAACCAUUCCAAGCCCAGUGGCAAGUGUUCAGAUGAACUCCAUUUGUUGUCCUUGAAUAUGACUUAUACGUGAUUAUCAGGUACUUUAGAGAGGUCGUAUUCUUGUUGAGGAAAACUCAUCUUUUCAUGUUUUGAUGCACUUUUAUCUCUCUCUGUUUGUGAAAACCUUUCGUUCCUCAAUACAACCACUUUCCAAUGAAUUUUACUUGUCGUUUGAAUUAUCAGUAGUUUGUUUUUUACAAGGUCCAGUCAGCAAAAGAGUAGAUUUUGAAUAUUUGGCAAGGCACAAGACGGGUUUAACUCUUUGCAGUUUGAGCUUGGAUUUACUUGGUACUAUUUUCAUUAAGAAUGUAAAUCGAUGUAAAAAGGCAUCACAUUAUCAGAGCUUUAGUAGCAUAACAAAGUCACAUUUCUAAACAAAACUGAGAUUUUGUGUGGAACUUCAGUAAAGUAACUGAUUGUAGAAUGUGUUGAUCUCAAACUGUUUCCACAAGUGUUAAUGUGUGAGGUAAAGUCAUGCAAGACCAAAAUAUCAGAGGAGUAUAUAUACUGUAUAUGUGUACAUGUAUGAAACAUACAAACAAACCAAGAGUACUUCAGAUAUUUAAAUGGACUUUUUAAGGCUUGUACUUUACUGUAGAAAUGCAUGUUGUUGGUUCUAGUUGGCUGCCAGUAGCUUUACAGUUGGCGUCUUUGUCGAUCAGCGAAGACAAAAGAUGGUAAUACAGUUUACACGUGUAACUGACAGAUCUCAUUUGUUGUACCUACAGUAGGUACUGUGUGCUCGCUUUGUGACGCUUGGAGAUGUCAUGUAUGAAUCCGUCAGACAAUUUGAAUGGUAUUUUAGUUUGUUUGAACUGUAAUGCACGAGUAAAAGUGUCAACUAUAGAAUGUAUAAAAGAUGGAUUUAGUCGACAGGUCGAAAAAGUGACAUCUGAAGGCGAAAACUGUUGUUGAUCGUUUACCUCAUUUAACAUUUUUGUUCUGAAUUUUUGGUCUCAGUCGCUAGUUUCAAGACUUUUAGAAUACGGCAUGGUGUUUAAUUGGUAAAUUAUGGUCUCAUUUCUAGGAAAAUAGAUGCUAUAACAGGGUCUGGUUUAGUGUGGGGCUACCUUAUGAUCGAAUCUAGCCGUCAUUCUUGCAUCUGGUUUCAAAAGACCAAGAUGGCAACGACAAAAUUCCAAAGUUCGUCCUUCAAAAUGCUAGUCAACAAACCAAUGAAUGACGUCACUGUGAUUAUGUCCAUCUUUUAUGUACAGUCUAUCGUGACACAGAUGAAUGUAUCUGUUGGCUCUGAGACUGGAUAGUGUACGGCCUAUAAAGUGAAAAUGUUGCUCAUUUCAUAUUUUUGCUUGCUGUUGUUUUUAACUUCUCAGCACUUGGUAAAGUACAAAAAGUCUUCUGUAUUGUACAAGUGCAACAUAUGUCCACUGUUUACUCUACGUUAGUUGGUCCAUCGUUGGUGUGGACUUGAAUGAACCAACAAAUAUUGGAUAAAUUACCAAGAAAUGAGGCAUUUAUGACAGAGAUUGUUGUUAUUUCGGUGCUUCCCUUAACUUUUAAUCUAAUGUCAUCAUUUGGCCAAACUUUAACUUUUCCAAUAUUUCCAGUUUAUAAUGCUGUCAUGAUUUUACUAUUAUGAUAAAAUUUGAACAAUGUUAGCACUGUUCAUGGCCUAUUUUAAAAGCAAAUAAUGUGCUUUAAUAAUAGUUAUAUCCAAAAUUAAAUGAAAAUAAGACAUUGCCAUCUGCCUAAGCUAAACUUUGGUUGGUGCUAAUUGGCUAAACUAAGCUGCUGAAUAUAGUGAACCACCGUUCACUAUACCUGCUAAAUAUUAGCUCUAUCAGCUUCUUAGCAUGCUGAUUUUAGCAUUUAGCUAAACUAAAAUAAAAAAUAAUGAACACUGCUGAUUACAACCUUACAAACUCCUUGACUCCCCCCCACUACUACUACUAAAUUUUAUUUGUUUGUGUCUAAACAUACCUUUUGCUAAAAAUUAGCAUGUGAAUUAUGUAUUAUAUGACUGUCUUUCAGUCACUCAGUUACCAGAGUCAGCUGUUGUCAAAUUUAGUGCAAAAUUGGUCAAAAUCCCUUAAAUUCUAGCUGUAAGGAAAACUAAUUCUUAUUACACCCUGAAUGAAGGUGUUUAACUCCUAUUGCCAACCCUGACACUGUUUUAGUUCACUUGAAUACAUGUUUGACUUUGGCCUGUGCUGCUUUGGCACAUAGAAUGAGUACUAAUGCCGCUAGCUAGUUUCCUUCCCACCAGAAUGCAGCCUGGGGUUGUUUCUUGUCAGCCGUGCGCUUUAACCUCUCUUAUUUCUGUCCUGUUUACGGUGAAAACUCUCAUUUAAUCAGACACGCACAAUACUUUGCCACGACGUGGGCACAGCAGCGUAGCGUUAGACACCACUUCUGCAUCACAAACAGUUCUUGUCUUUCCUCUUAUUAGACAUUUGGUUUGACUGGGCUGCCUUCAGCCCACCCCGAGGCCUCUGGCUCUCAUGUCUUCUCCCCCUUUUUUCCCUCACUGUCCCAUUUCCUCGCCUCCAUUUUCCCCCAGUAAUGAGACCAUCUUUUACUUUUCAACUGGUUAAAUUAAUUAGAAGCAGCAGCCGUGUUUGUAACUUCAGACAGCAUGCGAUAGACAUUAGAGUUGUGUUGACACUGUAUAUGUGGUGUAUAUGAUUGUCGGAUGUAAAGGGAAUACUAUCCAAUGAUCCAGAUGUAAUAUUUUAUUGUUCCUAUAAUUAAUAUAAAGUAUAUGACUGAACAUUCAGUAAUAAACGUCUUAUGAAGCUUAA